GCUCGAGACAAAUCCAGAGCCCUCAUACCGAUACCACAAUAAAAAAAAAUUCGCCAUGGAACAGCUUUUAUCAUACCUCCCCCCGUUUGAUGGCUUGCUUCCCAAGUGGCUUGCUUUGGUGUCUGUCGUCUCCGCUGCGAACAGUGUCCAAGCCUACUUCUCCAGCUCCUACACGUCUGAGCUUUACAAUGGCCGCCUAGCGGAUGGUAGCCCGCACACCAACGCGCACUCGUCCCGACUCUUCGGCACCUGGACGUUCCUCUCUGCUGUCAUUCGCUUCUCUGCAGCCUACAAUAUCACGACUCCUGUAGUGUACGACCUUGCGGCGUGGACGUUUGGGAUCGCCUUGGUACACUUUGUUGUGGAAUGGCUGGGAUAUGGGAGUGCGCAGCUCAAGGGCCGGUUUGUGUUUCCGUUGCUGGUCGCAUCCGGCAGUUUGACAUGGAUGUUGACCCAGAGAGAUGCCUAUCUUGGAUUGUAA